AUGGGUGAUAAAAAACAGUUUGAUGUAUGCGUUAUUGGCAGUUGUAACGUUGAUCUAAUAAGUUAUGUGGAUCGAACUCCAAAAAUUGGUGAAACCAUUGAGGGCAAUAAAUUUGAAAAAGGUGCAAACCAGUGUGUGGCAUCUGCAAAACUAGGAGGUAAUGUGGCAAUGAUUGGAAAGGUUGGUAAUGAUGUAUUUGGUCAAGAAUAUGUUUCAAAUUUAAAGGAAUUAGGCAUUAACACAGAUCAUGUUUAUGUUACGCCAGACGCUGCUACUGGAGUUGCACCAAUUAUAGUUGAUAAAGAAGGUAGAAAUAGUAUUAUUGUUAUUCUCGGUGCGAAUCUACUAUUAUCAGGUGAAGAUUUGAUCAAAGCUGAAAAUAUUAUUCGCCAGUCAAAUGUUGUUGUGUGUCAAUGUGAAAUAAAACAAGAAACCGUGCUCAAAGCACUUGAAAUGGCACGAAAGUUUUCGGUAACAUCUAUUUUGAAUCCAGCACCGAUGCCCACCAAUUUCAAUCGUGAUUUAGUAAAAAUGUGUGAUAUAAUUUGUCCAAAUCAACAUGAGGCUGAAGCAAUAUGUGGUGUCAAAGUGGAAACUAUAGAGGAAGCAUACAAAGCAUGCAAACUACUGUUGGAUGCUGGAAGUAAAAUAGCGAUAAUAACAAUGGGCGAACAUGGUGCUGUUAUUGCAAGUGAAGAUCAACCAGAACCGUUUCAUGUCGAACCGCCGUCUAAUAUCAAUGUCUAUGAUACCACGGGAGCAGGAGACGCGUUUGUAGGUACUCUAGCGGUGUUAAUGGCUCGUUGUAAAACAAUGUCGCUAAAAGAAAAAGUUCGUCGUGCUUGUGCUGUGGCCAGUGUUUCUGUGCAGCGUGCAGGAACUCAGACAAGUUUUCCAAAAUACGACGAAUUGCCCUUUAAACUAUUUGAAUGA